AUGGCAGUACCCGGAGUGUUGGAGACACUAGAGAGCUUCCCAUUGGAGAAACAUUUAACAUUCGAUGUUUCAAAAACGAAACAUGGGAUCUGCGGUAUGUUAUGCGAGAAACGGUGGAGUAAAGAAAAGAGUGACCACUACUGGUCCUUAUUUUACUUCUCACCAGCACAAUGGCGUAAGUUUCAAGCUAAUACCGCAGCAAUAGAUGAGUGUCUUUCCGAUAAAGACUACUUAAAAGAAUUUGUUAUUGGCAACGAAAAGAUAGUAACUUUAUCAGCCCUGAAGGACGAACAGUUUUUACGUUUCAUAGUUGUUACACUUGAUGGAGAAGUGGUUCCUGCAAAAUCUAUAACAAUUACUGCUAAUGCCUGGGCUAAAAUAAAAUUAUUAUCUUAUAAGAUCAACAGUUUGUUACCGCAGAAAAGAAAAUUAUGUUUUGAUGAAGAUGAAAUAAAGGAAAAGCAGAAAGCAAGGCUCUCAUUGAGAUAUCGAUAUAUAUGCACAAGGAGUGAUGGACAAUUAUCCGGAGACUGGUAUUUUCUAAGAGCACAAGCCAUGCAGGCGAUGAUAGACAAUAAUCUAUCUAAUGAAUCAAACGUGCAAAUUCAGAAGCAGUGGGUAUCUAUGCCUAAAAACGAAAGUAUUUUGAAACAGUGUUUCAUUCGUUUACUCUGUGAUAAUAUAAAUAAACUGAUUGAUAGUCAGGAAUGCGAAGGAUGCAAAAUUGACCACCCAAGUCAAACCCAGCACAUGGGACCAGGCGGAUGUUUGGAGAUUGUUACAUCUCACGAAACUGCCUUGGAGAUGCUAGACGAUGGUGAGGUCAAUGAGGUUUACAAAAAUCUUCAAUCCCAUUUAAAGUUGCACGAUGAUGCUCAAAUAUCUUGGAUGGAAAUGAAUGUGUGUGCGCUUAGAAAAUGUGAUUUAACCGAAGAGAUAGAGACAUGCCUGAACUGCAUAAUCCACAAAAGGACCGAUGAUGAUGGUGAAGUUACCAAUUGUCUGAAUACUGCUAUUGAGUAUUUGCAAAAAAGAACAUAAAUUUUAAUGUAC